AUGGAGCAGAAUCAGCCCUGGGAUAAAGCCGCACUCGCAGCGACUGACCGCGGGGUCACUCCGGCCGCACACUCUGUGGAGGACAGCGCGGCCACCAGGCUGCAGCUCCACGGCUCCCUCCUGGUCCCACACCACCGGAGUCCUCCAAAUGCUCUAACUGGAAAGGAACUAGAUAACACUUUACAAAGACCGCCAAGGCAGCCACCGGCUCCCCACGAGCUCCAUGCCGCUGCUCUGCUCAUGUCCCUAUGUUGCUUCAAACAAGCUAUGAAGUUCCACGGGAAACCACCUACUCAUCCCAAGGUUGACACCCGCUGCUCGCCUCCGCCUCCGCGGCCCUCGCCUCCGCGGCCCUCCCCUCCGCGGCCCUCCCCUCCGCGGCCCUCGCCUCCGCGGCCCUCGCCUCCGCGGCUCCCCCCUCCGCGGCCCUCGCCUCCGCGGCCCUCCCCUCCGCGGCCCUCCCCUCCGCGGCCCUCCCCUCCGCGGCCCUCCCCUCCGCGGCCCUCCCCUCCGCGGCCCUCGCCUCCGCGGCCCCCCCCCCCGCGGCCCUCCCCUCCGCGCCCCUCGCCUCCACGCCCCUCCCCUCCGCGGCCCUCGCCUCCGCGGCCCUCCCCUCCGCGGCCCUCGCCUCCGCGGCCCUCGCCUCCGCGGCUCCCCCCUCCGCGGCCCUCGCCUCCGCGGCUCCCCCCCUCCGCGCCCUCCCCUCCGCGGCCCUCCCCUCCGCGGCCCUCCCCUCCGCGCCCUCCCCCUCCCGCGCCCUCCCCUCCGCGGCCCUCCCCUCCGCGCCCCUCGCCUCCACGCCCCUCCCCUCCGCGGCCCUCGCCUCCGCGGCUCCCCCCUCCGCGGCCCUCGCCUCCGCGGCCCUCGCCUCCGCGGCUCCCCCCUCCGCGGCCCUCGCCUCCGCGGCCCUCCCCUCCGCGGCCCUCCCCUCCGCGGCCCUCCCCUCCGCGGCCCUCCCCUCCGCGGCCCUCGCCUCCGCGGCUCCCCCCCUCCGCGGCCCUCGCCUCCGCGGCUCCCCCCUCCGCGCCCUCCCCUCCGCGGCCCUCCCCUCCGCGGCCCUCCCCUCCGCGCCCUCCCCUCCGCGCCCUCCCCUCCGCGCCCUCCCCUCCGCGCCCCUCGCCUCCGCGGCCCUCCCCUCCGCGCCCUCCCCUCCGCGGCCCUCCCCUCCGCGGCCCCCCCCCGCGGCCCUCCCCUCCGCGCCCCUCGCCUCCACGCCCCUCCCCUCCGCGGCCCUCGCCUCCGCGGCUCCCCCCUCCGCGGCCCUCGCCUCCGCGGCCCUCCCCUCCGCGGCCCUCGCCUCCGCGGCCCUCGCCUCCGCGGCCCUCCCCUCCGCGCCCCCCCUCCGCGCCCUCCCCUCCGCGCCCCUCCCCUCCGCGGCCCUCGCCUCCGCGGCCCUCCCCUCCGCGCCCCUCGCCUCCGCGGCCCUCCCCUCCGCGCCCCUCCCCUCCGCGCCCCUCGCCUCCGCGGCCCUCGCCUCCGCGGCUCCCCCCUCCGCGGCCCUCGCCUCCGCGGCUCCCCCCUCCGCGGCCCUCGCCUCCGCGGCUCCCCCCUCCGCGGCCCUCGCCUCCGCGGCUCCCCCCUCCGCGGCCCUCGCCUCCGCGGCCCUCCCCUCCGCGGCCCUCCCCUCCGCGGCCCUCCCCUCCGUGCCCCUCCCCUCCGCGGCCCUCCCCUCCGCGCCCCUCCCCUCCGCGGCCCUCGCCUCCGCGGCCCUCCCCUCCGCGGGCGGCGCAGGAGCGGCGCUACCUCCCUUGGGGAGAUCUCACCGCGAGCGUCCCGCGAGCUGCGGGGCCCGAGCCCCUCGCGCCCCUCGUCCGCCCGCCGAGGCCUCCCGGGGAGGCGGGGCACCUCGGCGCCCUGAGGGUCCCCGAGAGGGCCUCACGGGAGAGCUGGGCCGUGGAGAAACGCCACGGGAACGGAGCCUCCCGGGGGCUCCUGGAAGCCCGAGGGCUGGGCGCUGGGCGCGGACUCCCCGAGCAGGCCGAGGCCCGCACCGGCUUUGCGGGCAGCCGCAGGGUGAGCCGGGGACACACAGGGUCUCAGCACCCGGGCAGGAGGAGGAAGCAGCGGUGGGCCGCCGGGAGGCUGCUCGCGGGCACCGCGUCUAGGGGCGGACGCGGCCUGAGGCGCGGGCCGGACCGGCAGACGCAGGGCUGUGGCCGCGGCCCGAGCGCGCAGAGCGCGGGAAAGCACCUCGUUGCAGAGCGCGGGAAAGGCGGGAAAGCACCUCGUUGCAGAGCGCGGGAAAGCACCUCGUUGCAGAGCGCGGGAAAGCACCUCGUUGCAGAGCGCGGGAAAGCACCUCGUUGCAGAGCGCGGGAAAGGCGGGAAAGCACCUCGUUGCUCUUUGCGCAGAGGAUAGCCUGCUUUUCUUCCAAAACCUCACUCCUGACGGCCGUCUCCAGGACGUUGGCUGGCGGACAUUGA